AUUAUUAUUUUUUUUUUCUCUUUGAUCAAUGUGUAUUAUUGAGCACUGUACGAGUCUGUUGUUGACCACCGUGUUUUGUUACGUACAAAGACCCAAUCGUUAGUGACAGAGGAAGUGUGCUAUAAGUUUCAGUAUGUCAGCAACUAAUAACAAACAGUAUGGCCUAAUAGUUCCAAAAAAGCCAGGUCAGUCUGGAUUACAACCUCGACUCUCGGUAUUUAAUGACAAUAGUGAUUCUGGAGAUGAAGGAGGUGACUGGGUAAAACGAGCCUUGAAGCGAGAUUCUCAGAAGAGUUUACAGAAGAAACAAACGAAAAUUGAAAUGGAAAGAGCAUUGGCCGUGGAUCCUACAGUUUAUCAGUACGAUGAGAUAUACGAUAAAAUGGAGGAAAAGAAAGCAGAGGAAAAAAAACUGAAAUCAACUGACAAGAAGCCAAAAUACAUUCAGUCUCUCUUGAAGCAAGCCGAGCGUCGCAAGAAAGAACAAGAACGUCGAUAUGAACGUGAAGUACAGCGAGAGCGAGAGGCAGAAGGAGAACAGUUCAAAGAUAAAGAGUCAUUUGUCACUGCUGCUUAUCGAGCAAAGCUUGAGGAAUUUCGCAAAAUGGAUGAACAGGAAAAACAUAUGGAACAUUUGGAAGCAAUAAUGGAUGUUUCCAAGCAGAAGGAUCUCAGUGGAUUUUACAGGCAUUUAUAUCGUCAGGCAACUGGUGAGUCUCCGGCAUCCAAUUCAAAUGUAGUAAAAGUUAAAGAAGAACCACCAGAUCCUUCUCCCUCUUCAUAUAAUGAGGAAGGUGACGUAAAGGCAAAGGAGAACAGUAAUAAGGCCAUUGCAGAAGGCGACGCAAAGCGCAUGAUGGUUCCUACUGAAAGACAAUACAGAAAACGCCGUGCCUCUUCUUCUGAUAGAGAAGAUACUCACACCAGAAAGAGAACAGUACCAACCUCCAAUGGUGAUAAAAAUACUCUUGAAUCGGACAGUUCGAGUUCCCCUAGUGAUAGCUCGAGUGAUGACUCGAGUGAUUCAGAAGAAAUUUCAGAAAAUGUCAGCAACAACAAAGACAAAUGUGAAGCUGAUAAAAUGGAGGCUGUUGCAAAAAACUCAAAGGAAUUGGACACAAGCAAACAAGGAGAUAAGAAAGUCGGUGAAGAAACUGUAGAGACUACAGAGCCUGUUCCAAAGUGCAACAUUUGGGAAAAACGUACAGUUGGACCCCUAUUUGAAGCUGCAUUGGAGCGAUACUAUGCUAGGAAAGCAGCAAGGCUUGCUGGGUGAUAAUCUUUUGUGUUUUAAAACAUAUGAAGCUACAGCUGUUGUAGAUAUUUCUAUGCACAGAUUUGAAAUUUGUUUUGUUUACUAUUUUUGUGCAUGCUUGAUAACUGUUAAGAGACAACAUUGUAAAUGACCGACUGGCUGGUGAAUACAGGGAAAAAGUAGUUUUCCCAUUACAAACAGCUAGCGGUAACAUGACAAUUUCAGUUCCUUCUCAUUUACUAUUUUUUUCCCUACAGUAGUGUUUCUUUUUUAUCUGUCGUCCCACCCCCAGAGUACUUAGCAUGUUCUUUCAUGCUACCUCUAUCUUGGAAUUCUAAUUUUAACAAGUGCCUUCAGAAAAUAUGUCUGAUCUUGACUUUUAUGUUGACUUUAUAACUUUUCACAUCUGACAUCGUUUCUUUUUCCAUAGACACUUACAGAUCUUUUGUAUAAACCUUGUAAUUAAUUCUGUAUAAAAAAUAUACAUUGUCUUUCUCUUCUGUUAUUUUUUACUGUAUUUUGAUAUAUUUUAUCAUUACCUCUUAAUUUACACUGUUACAUGCUUUUUACUGGACCUAAACUUUUCCUCAUUCUUUUCUUUAAUACUUCUAGUUUCUCUAAUUCAUUUCUAGGCAUUCUGGUUGCACUACUGCAUUGUAAUAUGUUACUUUUUGUAUUUCUUAAUAUUCAAUGUCAGUUGUUGAUAUUUUUAGUUAUACAACACUGUCUUCAUGUUGUGUGUUCUUUCAUCUAUCUGUGUAUUGUUUCGGUAUUUUGUCUCACUGCAUUGUUGCAGGCAGUUGUGCCAAAAGAAAUUCUGCCAAGUCAGUGGAAAGAUUUAACUAAAGAAUAGUACAAAAUGUGAUCUAUAUUGUAUGUCUUGUAACAUAUCAAAUUAAUGAAGAAAAUGUACAGAACAUAGAUGUUAAUGAAAAUUGCUUGUUUUUUA